GAUUACUAUGGCAAAGAGCUGCAGAAGUCAGAGGACCUGAAAACCAAUGCAUGUGUCACUUCGGCCAGGCCCCUUCCCAAGGCGGUGAGAGAUGCUUUGGAGCGCAUCCAUGAGGAGGUGGUGGCCAGGUACUACGGCUGUGGUCUGGUGAUCCCCGAGUGCCUGGCGUCAUGCCGGAUCCUGGACCUGGGCAGCGGCAGCGGCAGAGACUGCUACCUGCUGAGCCAGCUGGUUGGGGAGCAGGGCCACGUCACUGGGAUAGACAUGACUGAGGGCCAGGUUGAAGUGGCAAAGAAGCACAUUGCCUACCACAUGGACAAGUUUGGCUAUCAAAAGCCAAAUGUGGAGUUCCUCCAGGGCUACAUGGAGAACCUGGGUGAUGCUGGGCUGGCUGAUGAGAGUUACGAUAUUGUCAUCUCCAACUGCGUGAUCAACCUUGCUCCUGACAAGAGGGCUGUGCUGCGGGAGGCCUACCGUGUACUGAAGCCCGGGGGAGAGAUGUACUUCAGCGAUGUCUAUGCCAGCCGGCGCCUGAGCGAGAGCGUCCGGAAGCACAGGGUGCUGUGGGGGGAGUGCCUGGCAGGAGCCCUGUACUGGAGAGACCUGUACAGC